CGACUUCGUCAACACCUCGCCCGUCUUGCUCUCCCCUCACUCACCCCCAAUCCGUCCACCUCCACCACCACCUUCCUCCCACCAUGUCGCCAAUCUCCGUCUUCCGUGUCGCAAGCCGCGCCGUCCGUCCCUCCGGCUUCAUCAGAGCCGCUCAAUUGCCCCGGGCCCGCGUGCAGUUCCCCAUCGCUCAGGCUAUCAGCCGCCCCAGCUUCAGCACCUCCGCUCAGCGCUACUCUGGCCACCACGAGGACGAGACUUUCGAGGAGUUCUCUGACAGAUUCGAGAAGGAAUUCGACGGUGUCCAGGAUGUCUUCGAGCUUCAGCGCAACCUGAACAACUGCUUCGCCUACGAUCUCGUCCCCUCCGUUGAGGUCCUCACCGCCGCUCUCAAGGCUGCCCGUCGUGUCAACGACUUCCCCACUGCCGUCCGUGUCUUCGAGGGCAUCAAGGCCAAGGCCGAGACCAAGGAACAGUACAAGCAAUACCUCGAGGCUCUUGAGUCGCUCCGCCUGGAGCUGGGUGUUCCUCUCCGUGAGGAGCUCUACCCCGAGGAGCAGUAAACGCAGAACCUCAACCCUCUGUGUCCGGAAUUCACCCGUCUCGUCGUUUUAUCUUUUUUUCAUGUUGUCAGUCAGUUAAAGAUAAGGAACGCUGUAUACAUACUCUAGAAGUGCAGUUGGAAUGAAGUCGCUGAAUUGUCCCGGUGUGGUGUGGUGUGUGUAUUUUUUCUAUAAACGAAGAAAAGAAGACGGACCUCACAUGGCUGCGUUCCGGCGUCCUGGCUGUCGUGGGGAAUGGGGGUGAAUUGGAGGGUACACGCGUGCUUUUCUAUACCAGUGCUGCUUUUUGAAUCCUGUGAGCAUUUGCUUGUUACUCUGUUUUAUUGAGGGGGUAAAGUGCGAAAAUCGAAGACGAUGUUCUUGUUCUACUGUUAUUGCUCUGUGCAAUGCGAUUGUGGGCAGCCUUUAUGGAUAGGAAUCUGGUAAGUCUUUAAGUCAUUUAUCCCUUGAUUUCA